AAAGCGCGCCUCCAAAACCAUUCUCUCUCCCUCGCACCGGCGAAACUUGCCCUGCGUGCCGCGCCGCCGCGACACCUCCCCGCCUGCCUCUCCGUCCCUCUGCUUCUCCGGGCUCGCGGUGGUGUGUUGCAGCAUUGAUUGAUUUUCUUCAUUCUACUUUCUAAGGAACAGCUCGAAAAAGAGAAAAUGGUGUCGUCAAAUAUAAGAGACGUUUUAACUUCAUUUAGUCCGAAUUUGGACUUGUUUGCCAUCACUCUCGGUGAUGGUCGGGUGAAGAUAUGGGACACCGGGAAGAGUCAGGUGCAGACUGAAUUUGCUGAUCUUGAUUCGACAGAGACGAAGAGUGUCUUUGGGAAUCAGGAGGGAGGGCACCUUUCCAUGGAUUAUACAUGUAUGAAGUGGUUUUCUCUGGAGAAAAAGAAGAAAAGGAAGCUCGGGAGUUCCCUGCUGUUGUUGGGGACUGGAGGUGGGGAUGUUCUCGCGUUGGAUGUGGCUGCCGGUCAGUUGAAAUGGAGGGUUAACAAUUGCCAUCCAGGGGGUGUCAGUGCUAUUUCAUUUCCUGCACAUGGCUCACACAUUUACACGGUGGGUGCAGAUGGAAUGGUUUGUGAGAUAGAAGCAAUGUCAGGGAACUUGUUAAAUAAGUUCAGUGCUGCUUCAAGGGCCAUAUCUUCGUUAGCUAUCUCCCCAGAUGGGAGAAUGAUAGCAACUGCAGCAUCUCAGUUAAAGAUUUUCAAUUCUACAAACCACAAAAAGCUGCAGAAAUUUUCUGGCCAUCCCGGAGCUGUGAGAUGCAUGAUUUUCUCUGAAGAUGGCAAAUAUGUGCUUUCUUCAGCAGUAGGAGAACGAUAUAUUGCAGUUUGGGAAAUUGAUGGUAACAAAAAGAAAUCUGGUUCUGUUGUCCUUGCAAUGGAACAUCCUGCUGUAUUCUUGGACAGCAAGUUUGUCAACACAGGCGAUGCAGAUGAUGCCAGUCUAUGUGUUUUGGCUAUAUCGGAAAUUGGUGUCUGCUAUUUUUGGCAUGGGAAGACUAUUGAUGAAUUGCGCAAUUCUAAACCAACAAAGAUAUUCGUACCUUCUGAUGAUGAAGUUCUACAGAAACACAGGGGGGGAAUUCCCAAUGUAUUUGCUGGAAAGCUACAGAAUAUUUCUAUGCCUGCAUCUGGUCACGUAUUCCUCGCAUACGGUUUGCUUAUAAAACCGACAUUUGAAAAAGUUAUGGUUCAGCCUGGAACAGACUUACAAUUAAGUUUUUCACACAAUGGUAUCCUGUUACCAACCAGCAAACCCCAAAAAUCUAGAAAAACUUCGCACAUCCGUAACGAAGUUACUGCUCUCGAUCGCUCAAACAUAGAGGGCGCAUUAGGCCCUGUGCCUCAGAUGCUUGAUUUGGUUACUGGAAAGAGUGAAGCCAAACCUGUUGGAGUCAAAGAAAAAGAUGAAUUAGACACUGUUACACUGUGCAUGGAGGAUCAGCUGAGAUCUUUAGGGAUACUCAGCAGUACGGAUGAUGCAUUAAGCUCGACAUUGGUCUCUAAAUACCUGAAGGGCAUCAAUCUUGAUGCAAGUACACCACAGAAAAAGGUGAAGACUACUGUUUUGUCCCUGGAACCUAGUGAUGCAUUCGACCUUUUAAAAGGAUUGGUGGAUGUUUGGCAAUCCAGAUCACACAGUAGCAAGUAUGUUCUCCCUUGGAUAUCUUGUAUUUUGGCGUGUCACAGUGGUUUCAUCAAAUCUAAGGAACCAAAAUUUCUUGAUUCCUUAUACAAGCUUGCCAACGCCAAAGCACCAGCAAUGAACUCUUUACUCCAGUUAUCCGGUCGUUUGCAACUCGUGUCUGCUCAGAUUAACAAGGCUGUAGACAACAAGACUCCCGUCUCAGAACGUGAUGAUGAUGAGCAUGAGGAUGAGAGCGAAGAUGAAGAUGUUGAUGAAGUUGUUUAUGGAGUUGAUGAUGAUUCUGAGACAGACAGUGAGAGUGAUGAUUAGACAUGUUUGUAAUAGAGAAGGGUAAGCGAUUAACCCCUAAUUUUGUCACCAUUGUAUUAUGCAGUUAUGCAAUUCAUAGUAUUAAACAGUUUUGUUUUAAUCAUUAUUGACAACACUUCUGCGAUAA